UUCAGUAAUAGACACAAAAUACCCACUUCCGAGUAGAAUGCAACGGUACACAGCAUGGAUAUCUUGGGAAUAACCGUUGGAAUCAGAAUGAAAACAACACAUUUUUGACAGUUUUUUUGUUGGGAAUACAGUCUUGACCAAUGACCUUCUCUGGCAAUAAAAUUCUUGUGACUGUUGAAACUAUCAUUGCCCGUGCUCAUGAAGGUAUCCAACGCCCACUCUGCUCUUCAUCCCAUGAACAGCAAUCUAUUCUGGGCAAUGGGCAUUCGUUAUAUGAGAUUUACUACACCCAAUCUCAGUCUGCAGAGUACUACCCACUCUUUCGGCAAAAUCCUCAAUCUCAUUGAUUUUUGUGAACCCAACUGAAAGCAAGCAUGUUUCAUACAACUCAACUGCAACUACAAUGCUUACUAGCAGUAUUGUUCAUGUUUGGAGCAUCUGCUCACUGGCAUUCAAUCUACAGAAAUGAAAUGUCAUCUUCACACCAUGACUAUGGAGAUGCUCUGUCGAAGUGCAUUAUGUUCUUUGAAGGUCAGAGAUCUGGAAAACUCCCACCAAAUCAACGCAUCAAAUGGAGAAGAGACUCUGCUCUCUCAGAUGGUUCAGCUCAAAAUGUUGAUUUGGUAGGAGGAUACUAUGAUGCAGGGGACAACAUCAAAUUUGGUUUCCCUUUGGCUUUCACCACUACAAUGCUUGCAUGGAGUGUCAUAGAGUUUGGAAGUUUCAUGGGCAGUGAACUGCAGAACGCUAGAGCUUCAGUACGCUGGGCCACAGAUUAUCUCCUUAAGACCACAGUACAUCCAGACACAGUAUAUGUGCAGGUAGGUGAUCCUAAUGCAGAUCAUGUUUGUUGGGAGAGACCAGAAGACAUGGACACACCCAGAACAGUCUAUAAAAUCACCAAAGAUAAUCCUGGCUCUGACGUUGCUGCUGAAACUGCUGCAGCAUUGGCUGCUGCAUCCAUUGUGUUUCAGACAUCAGACACUGCUUAUUCUCAACUGCUUCUCAAGACUGCAAUCAGAGUCUUCCAGUUUGCAGACAAAUACAGGGGAGCCUACAGUGACAGCCUAAAAGCAGUAGUGUGUCCUUUCUACUGCGACUUUGAUGGAUACCAAGAUGAGUUGCUGUGGGGUGCAGCAUGGCUGCACAAGGCAAGCAAGAAUCAUUCAUAUAUCACCUACAUUCAAACAAAUGGGAAGAUCUUGGGAGCUGAUGAAAACAUUAAUGAGUUUGGAUGGGACAACAAACAUGCUGGAAUCAAUGUUCUUGUAUCUAAGGAAUUCUUGUUAGGGAAGGUAUCCUCUCUGGAAACAUACAAGGGAUACGCUGAUGACUUCAUUUGUACUCUAUUGCCCCAGACAACAUCUGCUCAUGUGCCAUUCACCUCGGGUGGGCUAAUUUACAAACCGGGAGGGAGCAACAUGCAGCAUGUGACAGCCAUAUCAUUCUUACUGUUAGCCUAUGCUAAUUACCUUGGCCACUCCUCUCAACAUGUUCAAUGUGCAAACAUGGAAGUUACUCCUGCUACACUUCGCUCAGCUGCCAAACUCCAGGUGGACUACAUAUUGGGAGACAAUCCUGUGAAGCUUUCUUACAUGGUGGGAUAUGGGCAACACUUCCCCAAGUACAUUCAUCACAGGGGAUCAUCUUUGCCCUCUGUCAUAGAACAUCCAAGCCACAUAUCAUGUAAGGAAGGUUCUCAAUACUUUUUCAGUGUAAAUCCCAAUCCAAAUGUUCUUGUUGGGGCAAUUGUUGGAGGUCCAGAUAUGAAUGACCAAUAUCAAGACAAUAGACCAAACUUUAGGCAAUCAGAGCCUACCACUUACAUCAAUGCACCACUUGUGGGUGCCCUUGCAUUUUUCCAUGGCCAUCCAGAGUUCUGAUCUCAAUUUAGAAGCAGGGAGAGUUGGGCUUCACAGUCAUAUGGAGUAUGAUAUGAGACUUCCCCUUUCAAUACAAUCAUGUGUGUGGGUUGUCUUCUAUAAUGUAAUAUAAUCUGCGGAAUGUAAGAGAUCAAAUUUAAGAAUACAUGCAGUUGAAUUCAGAAGCAGCAACAAAUUUAAGAACACAAGAGGUCAAAUGAUUUUCUUUUUCUUUUUCCUUGUGUAGUUAUAUUUUUAUUCCUCCUUUUAA